AUGAAAAACCUUUGUAAAAAAGUUCUAAAAUAUUUAGAACACUCUUCAACCUGGAAAGAAUAUUCAACUGGACAAGAUGAAUGCAUGCUUUUGAAUUAUUGGAUAUAUGAUAAUUUGUCUUCUUAUUAUGGUAAUGAUAAUACUGAAAAAAUAAAUAUCGCUUUUUCGGCUCUUCAACUUAUAUGGAGUUACCUAGUUACUGAUUCCCGUGAAAAAUCUUACUAUAAUAAAUGUAAACCUCUUUUUAAUGAACUUCUUAAUUAUGAUGAUUGGAAAAAAAGAAAGGAAUUAUAUGAUUACUGCAUUAAUUAUGAAUUAAUUUCACAAAUGUGUCCGUUUUUCGAUAAAAAAUGUGUGGAAUAUUGUCAAUAUAUUGAAAAAACAAAAGAAAGUGGUAUAUAUGAUCACUUCGAAACUAUUUGUUCUAGUGAAAAAGGUAACUGCCCACACUUUUAUAGAAUAUGCGAAAAAUAUAAUCCUAAAACAGUGCUAAAUACUUUAAAUUGUACUGAAAGAGUUAAAGCCCAAGAAAAAUUAACUAGAGGAGCUGGAGAUGUGAAUCAAUUACAAGAACAAGAAGUAGAAGCUGCAGCCAGUGCUCAUGGUACAGAGGAAACAAAUGAAACGUCCGGAAUUGGAAUAAAUGUUACUAAUUCAGUACUUGGUGCAGCUCCAGUUUUAUUAACUGCUACUGCAUUAUAUAGAUAUACACCCUUAGGUCCCUGGAUUCGUAGGUUCCGUGGAGGAAGAACAAAUAAUAUGAAUACCAUGGAUACGUUUUCACCUUAUACACCAGAAACAGGCGAUAUGUUUUCUGAAGAAUCAGCAAACUAUAUAUCAUAUCAACCUAUGUAA